CAGAAAAUAAGUUGCCGAUUGGUGGAACAGAGCAAUUAGUGGAGGGUGUAGAGCAGUUGAUAUUGAUAGGGGUAGAGGGGGAGGCAGCUUGGGAAUCAGUCAUUUCUGAGUUUGAAAUAGCUGCAGUAGGGCUUCUUGUAUUGGCUGAUUAUGUGGGGCCUGUGGUUUGGGCUGAUUUUUUGCUCUUUCUGGCACCUCUGUAUAGCCCAGACUCUGAGACCACAAAUUGCAAACCACAAAUUGGCCACAAACAAUCCCACCCUCACGACAGUUGCUCUAGAGAAGCCCUUCUGUGUGUUCGAUGGCUUGAUGUUGAAAGGAACAUCCUAUGAGGUAUACCUGUAUACCAUGGUUGACUCUGGUACUUCAAGACCAUCUGUUACAGACAACCGUAGCAAACCUCUCAAUGCUACUUUCCAACAAACCAAUGGAGGACAAAGUGGGCCUUACAAAGCUGCAGUGUUUCAUGCUCCAAACUGUGCAUCUCCUCCUAAGCUGUCUGACGCUGCUGAUGCUACCAAAGCAUCUGCAGUCAUGACUCAAUAUCUGAUCAGAGUUGGUGAUGAUGCAGCUUGUCUGUACGACCCAAACUUUCUGGAAGCUUGCAAUUCACCUCUUUCUCAAGAUACAGUGUACAGGUUUAAAUACCUCCUUGUAGACAGAACAGCUGGUGUCAUGAAAGGCCAGACUCUCUGGUCUCAUCCAAUCAAAACCAGAAGGGUGAAGCAGUCCUCUACCAUUGACACUUGGCCAGGUCGGAGAAGUGGCGGAAUGAUAGUUAUCACCUCCAUCCUGAGUGUGCUAAUGUUCAUCGUAGUGGUUGGAUUUGUUGCUGCUAUCCUUUUGGCUGUAACGCCAUCAGAAGAGACUCCCACUGAGAUGAGAUAUGAAUCCCAAACUACCCAACUGGCUGUCCCAAGAGUACUAGAAAUGUCUGAGUCACACCUAAUAGCUUCUCCCAUCCACUGAAGAUGUUCUUCAAGACUGAAAAGGUUGAAGUCCAGUUGUGAAUAUUCUUGAUGACUGCCUUUGAAAUCUUCCAAAUGCUGUGAUAGGAACUUAUGCAUAAAGAACUGCAUGUCUUUAAAAAACUGAACAAUGUGAUGCAUCCCAUUAAUAGAACGGCAGUAUUCCUGCACUCUCUACAGUGACGGAUUUAAGCAUAUGGCUCAACUCUGAUCCUCCCUAUUUUUUUUAAUUAAAGAACCUUUUCUGGUGGAUGGUCCCAAAGAAUAUUCUAAUAUUCAUUUAAGUUAGGGGUAGCCAACAUGGAGCCCUCCAGACGUUUUGGACUACACCUCGCAUCAGCCCCGAUAGCAUGGCCAACUGAGAAGGGAGGUGUAGUCUAAAACAUCUGAAGGGCACCAUGUUGGCUACCCCAGACUAAAGUUAUACAUGUAAACUUUUACAGCUAUCAGAGCUGAUGCUGUAUUUACGUUCCAGUUUAAAAAAUGGAGUUUUGAGUUCUUGGAAUCAAUGCCAGUAGAAAACAGCAGGGGCAACAAUGGCCACAAAUCUGAAAAUAACUGUCUGUAUCACCUCUGUCCUUGGGUGAAACUUAACAGCUGUGUAACACUUCUUCUGACAUGCUAGUCUUCCAUUUGCAUGUUUACAUACUCCUUGCAAUGAAGCUGGUAGGUGAAGCAUGAGUAAAAACGCCUAUUUAGCUGCGUUCCCCAGUUGUAACUUGUAUAACACUUUUACUGUCUUGUUUCAGACGCUGAAAUUAAGCCAUUUUCACUCACCCUGGCUUAUUUCAGGCAUAUCGGAAAACCAUGAUUUCCUAUUAUGAGUGAGCCUUGGGCUCACUCGUUCUACCUCUGCAGAAAAUGGUGAACUCUGACAAACCCUGGCUUAAUGAUCAUGCUAGGAUCUUUGGGCUUGUUCACAUAAGCUGCAGUUUAAAUAAAGAAUUGCCAGAUGUCAUGGGGAAUUGUAAUCGGUUUAAAAUGGAAAGUGGAUGCUUUUCAUUUCCUUCUUGCAGGUGCAGAAGCAUGGCUCAUUCUUAUAAUGGUAGACAUAGUUUCCCCUUUGUCUAAACCAUGCCUAUAUGUUGCAUUGAAUAAGCUUCUUGUUGUAACUCAUUGAUUCAAAGUCAGCUUCAUAAAGAAUGCCCCAGAAUGAGGUAGAAAUGGACUCUACACUGCUACUUUAGAUUGCAAGUUGGAAUGCCAUGCUUUUGGUAAUGUACUGCAGUAUAAACUCUGUGAAGGUUAGUGGUUGGUACGACAGGGGGACACAUUCCAACUCAGAAUGUUGUACUGUCUCUCCUCCCCCCUUUUUGCAGGAAGCUUUGGAGAAGCUUUCAAAACUGACAACUCCCAUAUGAGGCCUGAAUGAAUAGUAUCACUUCACAAGUCACCGCAUAGAUCAGCCUGAUGUGUGAAUUAGGCUCUUAAUGGACAUAAUGACUGACUCUUAAUAGGGGUUUUAACUACUGUGUACAGUGGAGUUUAAUCUUGAAGAAGUGGCAGCUGCAGCCAUAGACCAUUUCAUAUAAGACAUUCUCAGCACCAGGAAAUGCUGGCAGUAUUGUGACAGGAUGACACUCAAAAGACAUAAGCCUGAAGCCUAUGCUUGGGGUUACCACUUUUCAGUUCUUUAAUUUGCAGAUGACCCUACCAUAUUCAAGACUGAUAACUCUGCAAUCCUAGAAUUUACUAAUCUGUUUAAGUAUGUUGAACCCUAUAUUAUUCAUUAUAAGAAAUGCAAUUUAGUUCUUGUGUUGUAUAUCAAGUAAUGUGAACAAAAAUGUGUGUAAUUUCUAGAAAAUUAACUUGACAGUCGCAAACCUGGAGGAAUGUGCUAUGCUUCCUGCGCUCAGCUUGCCUUGAAGACAUCUGAAGUCCCACAUGCUGCAAACAAUUUCCUCCUUUACUCUUGAAAGUGUUUGCCAUUCACAUAGCACUGCCCCCUGGUAGCUACUCUUUCAAUCAUACAGAAACUGUUGUCAUGAGCUUGAUAGGAACGAUCCCAGCAACCCAAAUUCAAGGUUAUUUAGGGGAGGGGUACUUUUACCAAGUAAUUUAUGGCAUCCAGUAAGUCAAUUAGUUAAUUACUAUUAAAGCCAUAAAAACCACA